GUUUACCAUCGCCUCAUUAUUGACAAAACGCUGCACCUUGCUUGCCUUUUAAAACCUUGCUCAAAAUUACACUUAGCCUACAAAUAAAAGUACCAUUCUAUUCAGGCCAAGGGCUGUAUUCAUUUCCUCACCACAUAAAAGACUAUAUUCAUCCACCGUCUCCCUCUCUCUCUCUUUCUCAUCCAUCAACUCGCGAAUUUUUGAAUCUUUAUCCUGUUUCCCUACUUCGUUCCACAACAGUAAAUCAUAUAAUUUUCUUUCGCUAUAUAUACAUAUUCAAUAAUGGUUUUAGUUUGUCCAUCAGUAUAUCUCAUUCUCGUUUUGGAAAAAAAGUUCAUGCAUGCCACAAUGUCUAGAUCAAGUCCAAGAAAUAAUUUCCAUAUCCAUGACCUACCAGAUGUGAUUCUCUCCAACAUUUUCAAAUUGGUUGCUGACACCCGUACUAGAAAUGCAAUGUCCCUUGUUUGUCUUAAAUGGGUAGCGUUAGAGCGUGCAACACGCACAUCUAUCACACUCCGUGGCAAUAUCCGCCAUCUCUUCCUCCUCCCUACUUGUUUUCGAGCCGUCACCAAUCUUGAUCUCUCUUUUAUUUCCCCUUGGGGACAUCCACUACUUGAGUCCUCCCCAAAUGCAGUACUUCUUGCUCAGCUAUUCGGCCGAGCUUUCCCUUCAAUUGUUUCUCUUACAAUUUAUGUCCGAACUCCAACAACUCUCCAUCUUCUUGCUCCUCAAUGGCCUAAUCUACGCCAUAUAAAGCUUGUCCGCUGGCAUCAGCGCUCAUCCUCUCCUCUUGGCUCUGAUUUUUUCCCGCUGCUUCAGCAUUGCUCUUUGCUGUCUUCCCUUGACCUCUCUCAAUUCUAUUGCUGGACAGAAGAUCUUCCACCAGCUCUAGAAGCUCACCCACAAGUUGCAGCUUCACUCUGCCACUUGAACAUUCUAACCCAUUCUUCUGUUGAAGGGUUCAAGUCCCAUGAGCUUCUUGCAAUAACCGCUGCCUGUCCCAAUCUUCGCCGGUUACUUGCAACAUGUCUAUUUGAUCACAGGUUCAAUGGCUUUGUAGGGCAUGAGACUUUGCUUGCUCUUGCUUCAAAUUGUCCUGGCCUUUCCCUUCUUCAUCUUGCUGAUUCUGCUUCAACAUAUAGAGAUAGGACCGACUCAGAUGAUGAAGGAUACACUCCAGAAGAUGCUAGAAUUAGCCAUGCCACACUCGGUGCCCUCUUUGCUGCAUUGCCAUUGCUCGAAGAAUUGGUUCUUGAUGUUUGUCAUAAUGUUAGAAGCACAGGGCUGUCGCUGGAGCUGCUCGCUUCCAAAUGCCCACGGCUUAAAUCUUUAAAGCUGAGACACUUCCAUGGGAUAUACAACGAAAUAAAUUCUCAGCCAGGAGGCAUUGCACUCUGCAGAGGUUUGGAGUCUUUAUCCGUCUAUAACUCUGCUGAUUUAACUGAUUCUGGCUUGAUAGCUAUUUCCCUUGGCUGCCCAAGACUUGCCAAGUUUGAGGUCUACGGAUGCCAGGAGAUCACAGAAAUGGGGAUGAGAAUAUUGGCUUCUAAUCUUCAGAAAACUUUGAUCGAUGUGAGGAUCUCUAGCUGCAAGAAUUUUGAUGCUCUGUGCUCAUUAAAGGCUCUGCAACCAAUCGAGGACCUGAUACAGAGACUGCACAUAGAUGGUGCAAGGGAAGGCCUCCAGCAGUCAGAUGAGGAGAGUGGCUGUUCCAAUCAACCCGUGGGAUUCAAGAAGUUCCGAACUGAAGAGCAAAAUUUCAUGGGGGAAGAAAGUUUCUUAAAGAAGAGACUCAAAUGCCAUUCAGUCGGAGACUCUUGUUACUCUCAAAGUAGUGGUGGUGAUGGAGAUCCCAUUUCUUCAAAGGCUUGGGGAAAGCUGAAAUAUCUUUCUCUCAGGUUCGCCGUUGGUGAAUUGAUGACACCAUUAGCUUUAGUGGGGUUGGAGGACUGCCCGGUGCUAGAGGAGAUUCAAAUAAAAAUCGAAGGUGACUGCAGGAAUCAACCAAGACCUCACAUGGCCGCAUUUGGACUGAGCUCUCUCAUGUGUUUUCCUCGGCUCUCAAAGAUGCAACUGGACUGUGGAGGAGCAACUGGUUAUGCUCUUACGGCUCCCUCUGGGCAUGCUGAUUUGAGCGUGUGGGAGAGGUUUGUUCUCAAUGGAAUUGGCAGCUUGAAGCUUGUUGAAUUAGAUUAUAGGCCUCCACAGGAUACAGAUGUUAAUCAUAGAAGUCUCUCUCUCCCUGCAGCAGGAUUACUUGCAGAGUGCAAGAUUCUAAGAAAACUUUUCAUUCAUGGCACUGCAAAUGAACAUUUAAUGAUGUUUUUGCUAAAGAUACUCACUCUCAGAGAUGUACAGUUAAGGGAGGAUUACUAUCCUGCACCAGAGAAUGAUUCAAGCACUGACAUGAGGGUAGACUCGUGCAAUAGAUUUGAGGAUGCUCUUAACAGCCGUUGGAUCCCUGACUAAAAAUCAGAAGCCCAAUAUUCUCAUUCUCUUUCCAGUAGUGGAGCUUAUGAAUUUGAAGCUAAAAAAGAUUCAGAUUAUUAUAAUUAACCUGCUUUCAUGCGUAAAAUAACCUGGUCUCAUCAUUUCAUGCUUAAAGCCAAGUCUUAGAGAAUAACAGAUACAAAUUAAAAAAAUAUGUCAGUUUAUUGCUAGACUGAAGACUAAUUUUACCAUUCUUUCUUCUUCUUUUUUAUUUAUUUAUUUAUUUAUUUUAUUUUUUGUUUUUGUUUUUGUGUUUUUUUUUUUUUUUUUGGGGAACAUGACGGCAAAAGCCCCAAACAAAUUUUACCAUUCAAAUUAGCCAAAAAGUAUGCAAUUCUAGGAUACCCAAAAGAUUUAAAAUUACAAUUUUCAAGUAAGCAAAACUGAAAGCAUGUCUAGCAGACAAGACUUCAAGUGCUACCACUUUUUCUACGCAUGUAUGAGUGGAUUGUAUUCACUCAAACAUAUUCUGAAGAACUUGCACUUAUGUACGAGUGAAUUGUAUCCGUCCAAAUAUAUUCUGGAGAUUUUAAAGUCUUAAAAGUGCUGAUAAAAGUAUAUUGUAACAAUUAUAAUUCUUUCACUUGAGACGAAAGAUGAAAUUGUAACAAUUCUACUCAUACUUUAUUAAAAGUAUAUUGUCUCCUUACAUUAACAUCUUCAAAUUAUUAUUCUAAAUCCUGAUUCUCUAAGACAGAUAUAAACAUAUACCACAUGAUCACAUCAAAACUAUUGUUUGAUUAACAGGUGGUUGGUUUUUGUCAAUUAUACGGAGAAGACAAACUUGAUUCGGAAACUAACUUGAUUAGCAUGUGUUGGUAAGUCAGAAACUUUCUAACAAUCUGUUUUGCGGGUGUGCCAAUAAGAAAGAAAAAUGUUCGCUAAAGCACGGCACUUUAAACAUGCAACAGUUAAAAAAAAAGAAAAAUAUUCACCAAAGCAUGCCACUUCAAACCUUAAAAAAAAAAUAUUCCCCAAGCCGAACAGAAAAAUAUUUGCGAAAAAUAUUCGCCAAGCCAAGCCUAAAAGAAAAAUAUUCACCGUUAUGAAAAAAUAUAGCCUAAUUGAAUCAAACUACUCAAAACAAAAUAAUCUACAAAGUCAGUCCAAUUGCCUUAAUGAUUAAAACACUUUUAGAAAUAAAAUUUCAACUAAGAACAGUAUUUCAACUAAGAAAACAAAAUAACUUAUAAGGUCUGAUUGCCUUAAUGUUUAAAAAAAUUUUAAAAAACUUUUAAAAAUAAAAUUUCAACUAAAAACAACGUUUCAACUAAGAAUAAUUAAGAAACUAAAUUCUAAUGAGAAUAAGCUAAUUAGUCUAUAUUUUUGAAGUUGUAUCUAGAGAUGUGUCUUCAAUUAGCAAAUAAAACUUCAAUAUAUAGGCAGAUUCUUCAUAUGCUUGUUGUAUUUUUGAUGUGAGACUUUUCACUUUGCAUUUUUUUAACAAAUUCCAUUUAUAGUUGUGACUAUUCAAAGUUUUUCAUUUUUAAACUAUGUAGGACAAUCCAUUUUCUUCAACAUCUAACCAUUUUUUUAUCCAAUAAGUAAAAUAAUAUUUGAAUAAUCAAAUGGUAAAUUAAUAAAAAUCCAAAUUAAAUAAUGGUUGAAACAGCAUGUUUUAGAAAUGCUUAUCUCUUCCGACCUUGAAAGCUGAGUCUUUUGUUGGUUGUCAACCACAAUAAUAAAAACCCUUAUUAGUAGUUUCCCAGUGCUGAAUAGAGGCUUUGUCGAUCCAAAACUGCUCUAAUAAGCGUUUUUGGAUUCUUAGUUCUGACUUCUAGUAGACUAUUGUAGCUCAUGAAGGGGGCUUGCUCCCACUGUUCCAAGCCUAGAUGUUUUUGCAGCAAUCAAAAGGAAACAGCCCAAGCCUGUUAUUUCCAGUGGGGAACUCAAGAGGGAUGGCAGUCUAGAAAGUGAAAUGUUGAAAAAUGGGAAACUCAUUAUAAAUCUGAAAAAUGACCAAUGAUAAGGUUGAUUAACCUGAAUUCGUCAUCAAUUUUUUGGUAAUUUGAUGAGAGUUGACUUUGACUUGUGAUAUGAUUGUGCUUCUAACACAUUACCCAAACUUAUCACAUACUCCAAACACUGGUUCAGCUGAUUAACUUCCUUGACUCAUGCUGAUCACUGUCUUCUGCUGAGAUUACAGUGACCAGAUUACCCAUUUAAUUUGUUCUACUAAAUUGGUUACAAACCAAACUGAAAUCUCAGCUAAAUAAAAUGCAAGAAAAUACACAUCUCCUCUAGAAGAACCAAUGUCCUAUAUGCCUAGAGAGUAACUGCUCGCGUUGGGUGAUUUUCCAGCCGGACAAGGGAGGUUCCUUAUACUUUGAGGGUGGAAGGUUGUACAAAAGACCUAAGGGGAGAAAGUAAGAAAGUAAAGAGGUAUAUAGGCCGAGGAAGAGCAUCCUUUUUCACUUCCCAUUACCUGUACAAUCGUUUUGUCCGGGGGCCUUCAUGCUCAAUUUUCUUGGAUGAAGGGACCGAGGCUAAUUUGUUUGCCUGUAUAAUUCAUGUCUCAGGCAAACUGCACAGGGAUGUUCCAUAACCACAUAUUAUGUGUUCCCAAACCUUAUAUAUGAUAAAGACUCUUUUUUUUGAGGUGGUUAGCUAGCAUGCUUUCACGCACCUAUAUUGAGUCAUAAACCAUGCGAUAGCAUAAGUUUGAAUCAAGCAAUUGAUGUUGGAAAAAGUAAAUAUAGUUUCAGUAUCCACCAAUAAAAAUGCUGGCUCUGGUAGAAUCUUAAGUGCUACACAUACCCCACCCCCUCUAGUCUAACAGCCACAAUUUCAACAAAUGAAGAGACUAUCAAUAAAACAUAUAGCGUUACAACUAAUGCAAACCACAUUUUUUAUGAGUUCAUAUUCGUAGCUAGAUAGCAAACUUUCCCUAUAUUUGUGAAUCCUUUAGGACAAUACAAAUCUUCAAAGAAAGUCUGCUGAAUGUCAAACUGAAUCAGCACCAGCCACAUAAGUAAUUGUUCAUGCUCUGUAAACGGUCUUUAGUGUGUAAUUUCAGCUUAAGCAUCAAACUAUAUGUGUAAUUGUUCAUACUCUGUAAUGGUCCUAAGUGUGUUAUUCAGCUUAAGCAUCAAACCAUUCCUCACUAGGCUAGAAGAAUUACGAAACAACUUCUGAGGCCCAAAAAGUAUCACCAAUCUCUUCUAUGGAACAUCCUAAUUUGUCCAGACCACCUCUGACUUCAUGCAAACUUGGUCAUUUUACUAAUUACACUGAAAGUUAAUUCAAACAUGGUAUUGUAUUCCCUUCCUUACAUGCAGGACUCCUAUUCACUAUCUUCAAAUCUUAAUUUAUGACAAAAAUCACAGUUACAGAGUAGCUCUGGUUCUGAAAAGAAAAAUCAAAUUCUUUAAUCAACCAGCAGUAAGGUGCAGAUUUUGUGGGUUUCUCUGCUGAGGUUUCUGAAGCACCUCUGAAUGAGUGAAUUUAAAAAUAAAUAUAACUCAAAACAAACCAAGAAAAUAAUAUCAAAUAUGAAUGAGUGAAUUUAAAAAUAAAUAUAACUCAAAACAAACCAAUAAAAUAAUAUCAUAUCAUUAGAUAGACUAUUUGAUAUAUUUAGUAUUAUUAAAAUAAUGGUUGAAAUAUAGAUAUAAAAAAAAAAAAAAAACUGUCACUAUCUAUAUAUAAUUUCAAAAAUACCAUAGGGAUCAAAUUUCAAGAUUUACAAAAAAAACUCACAACAUAAAGUAUAUAUAUAGGUGAGGGCAAAUAAAUAUAAUUUAGAUAUAAAUAACUGAUCCAAAAAAUAAGUAUAAUUCCAGAUAAACUAAUAAAAUAAAUUAUUUCCUAUAGUAUGUUAUUGAAUCAAACAACAGAAGAACAAAUAUCCGCUAUUGAAAAUCUUUGAUUUAUUAUUCAUACCACUUCUUAAUUAUAGAAUAACAGAAAUCAAGGAGUACCCGUCUAAUAUCAAACAUUUAUAAGAAGUUGAAAUUUAAUUAAUUAAUUAAGGACAAUUUGUUAUUGUUAACUUAUCAAAGCUCAGAAUUACGGCCAAUCAUUGAUAUACCUCAAUCCUAUCACAUAUUAUUGUUUAUUUCCAAGCAUUAGUUCCAAUAUAGCAAAAAACUAAAUGCAAUAAAUUCUUCAACCCAAAAACGCCAAUUGGGAGUCUCUAUAUUGUGAUCUUGUAUGAAAUGUUUAAGAGAAUAAACAAAAACACUAUAAGAAGGGGAACAUUUUAGUUUAAACGUGGAAGAGAAAAGCGGAAGGGAAAGCAUUGCGCCAAUAGAAAAAAGCCAUGUCCAUUAUCCAAAACGAAACCGCGAAAAAGGAGUGGUAUGAAAGUGGAUAGCCAACAAGUAUCAAAGAGAAUGAUUUGAGAAGAAGAAGAAGCAAAAGAGAAUGUCAGUAACAGCAGCACAGAUAGAUAGAGAAAGAGAGAGAGAGAGGAGCACCAAACCAAAUUGCCUUUGCUUUCAACUUUCCCAUUUAUAGUCGCUACUCUCUGCCCCAGUAGGAAAACAGGACCUUGGAAACGGGAUUUGGGAUUUGGGAACUGACUUUUUUUGUUUUUCUGAAAACAGAAGUUGUGUUUUGGGAACUGACUUUUUUGUUUUUCUUGUUGAGUGUAAUUACAAGUGUAAUCAUUCCAUAAUGUACUAUUUGUAUUGGUUAGUCGGCCAUCAAAUUUUUUUACUAAUUUUUUCUUUUUGUAAAAUAUAGUCUAAAAUAUUAUAGAAAGUGAAAAUAUAAUCAUGCUAUAUUAUUGGUAUUCAAGUUUUGAUAAAUAAGUCCCUCCUCUUUUAUCUCAAAAAAGAAAAAAAAAAUUCUCAUCUUGUUCAAUUUAAAAUAUUUGGUAAUAUCUGAUAAAGAAAAAUAAACAAAUUUAGUAAUUUUUAGUAUUAUUUUUCUUUUUUAUCAUUUGAACUGUUUUUCAUUUUAUAAUAUUGGAGAUAAUUUCAAAAAUGUAAAAUAUAACAUAUUUAACGUUUUAAAAACAAUAUUAUUGUAAAUACCAAAGUGUUUACCAAAUAUUUGGCAAAUUGACAUUUCAUUAUUUCAUUCAUUUGUGUUGAGUUUUAUGUAUCUUUUUUUGAUGGUUUAUUUAUUCCUAUUUAAUUUGUAUUAAUUUUUCAACAAAUAAAAUAUUGUAUUUGUAAAUUUAAUUUAAUGAUAAGAUUAAUAUUGAAAAUACACUUUUAAAUUUAGAGUUCAAAACUCCAUUUAAACUAAUCCAAAUUGCAAUAAAAGAAAACCAAUAAAGCUUUUAGUUUCAUUUUGCUACAUCAAUUGAAUUAUAAUCUAUUAUCAUAUUUUUUACAACAAAAUAAAUUACAUUUUUUUAUUUUUAUUUUCAGCCCACUUUUAAGUAUUUCGAAAAGUGAGGAAAUUAAUUAACAAUAAAAAAAAGGAAAAAAUAUUUAUUUCUCCAAUAACUUUGUUUCUCUCUUUUUUUCAUUUUGACAGGAAAUAUAAAAUUCUACAAAGACAGAAAAUUUACCCAAAAAAAAAGGUGACAAAGAAAAAGUACAAAAAUAUCAUUUUGAGGGAAAACUCAAACUCCAGUUUUUACAUACGUUACUGCUAAGAAUCAUCUGUUCCAAAAGCUUUCACUAGACAUUUAAUUACCUUUUUAAUUAAUCAGACACAUUAUCUCCGCUUAAUUAAACAAAAGGAUUCUUGUAAAAGAAAAAAAAAUGAAAAUUAAACAAAAGGAUUUACCGAGACUAACACGUGGUGUCUAGAGGAAGCUUCUGGCUCAUUGCUGGCAUGGAGAAAAUUAGUCCACGUAGAGGGGAAGCUUAACAUUUUUUGUUUUUUUCAUGAUUAAGAGGAAGCUUAACAUGAUAAACAAUCACACCACGCCACAGCACCAGCAAGUUCUGCCUUUAAUUUUGUCCUUUUAAGAAGAUGGUUUGGAAUGAUCACUAAUCAUAGUUCCAGUUCCAGAUUUUGAAUUCAAAAGGCUAAAUUUUUUCCUCUCCUUUUUAUAUUAAUUUAUUUUAUAUUUAACGUUUCCAAAUGCCCAAAUGCCUGCAAAAAGUAUUUAUAAAAAUAUUUCUAUAUGCUUCUCUCGGCUUUCAUUCAGACACAAACAUAUAUUUCAUACAUACCCUUUUUAUAAAGUUAUAAUUAAAGCGUAAAAUUAAAAAUGAAUAAAUAAAUAAAUUGAAAUUUUAUCCAAAGCCGCCUUCAAUAGUAGGAAGACAAAUAUAUACCUUGCACUAAAUAUAUAUACAAAUAGGAUUUUACUAUUAAAAAAAAAAAGCAUUUAGAUGUAAGCGUCUAAACUAUUUAGCUCAGUAUUUUUUAUCGAAUAUAGAUAUAAAUUUCUUACAUAUUUAUUUUUUAAAAAUAUAUACAUAUAAAUGGUUAAACGUAUGUACGAUGGAGUAAGAUAGACUCUUAGGACAACGUUACCGUGUACAUAAUUGCAAUCCACCAUUAAUUAAUUCUCUCAAAACCCAGCAGACCCACAAAGCCGGAACAAAACCCACAUCCCCCUUCUACAUUCCACUUAGUAGCAAAUCAGCAACUAGCAUUCUAAUAUAAAUCAAUUAGCAAAUCAGCAACUAGCGACAACAUAAAUCAAUUGAUCAAAUAAUUGUUCUUCAAUUAGCUUCUUAAUCAGGGUCUUCAUGAUAUAAAUCAUAUAAUAUUAAUUGAAAACGUAGGCAUGCAUCAUCCCCACUCCACACCAAUCUCUUAAAAAUCCCAUGUAUGUGGAAAUAAGACUAACUGUGACCACAUACGCAUAGUAGUGGCUUUUCUAAGUCUUUAGUCUAGUUCUUCCGAAUGAUAUAUAUUUGUUCAUAUUCUUCCAUUGCUAGCUAUGGUUCUCUAAAAAAGUAAUAAAGAACAGAAUAUCGAUGCAUGCCACCAAGUAAUUGGUAGGUUCAUAAAAUCAAGUGGGCAAGUUGAGGGGAGAAAUAGGAAAUAGUAUUUCUACGAAGUUUCCAGACCUCUUGUGUAGUUAUACUAGUAAAUGCCUGAUAUCAUGUACACUACGCAUCUAUCUGUCAAGUCACCAUCAAUCACAGUUGCUAACUUCUAGUUUUUGUUUUGGGGUUGAUAGGCAUGAGUGGUGUAUGCAUCGUAACUCUGACAUUGUCUUGAGUACGGUGUUGGUCUAAUCUUCUCUCAGAUGGACUUUCCUUUGAUAAAGAAAAUGAAAAUGGGGACUAAAGUACUGUUUCAUCUGUAAUUAAUAUUUUGAGUUCGAAUCUCUCCAAUCCAACUUAAGAUGUUCAAAGAGAAAAAGCUAUAGUACUGAAGGCAUUGUGAUUGAUUCCUAUAUGAUGAUCGACUGGCUAGUACGUUGUCUUGUUCUUCGUUAGUCCACAAGAAAAAGAGUUGGAAUUUAUUCCUGAACUACUAUGUUUUUACUUUUGGUUCCACUUAUAUUUUCUUACUUUUUUAUAUGAUCAGAGAUAGCGACUAUGCUUUUUUUAAGAGGAUUAAAAUGACCUUUUUAAAGAGUGUCUUGCCUAAGAAUAUUUUAAAAGUGAUUUUCUUUGUUAUGAUCAAAAAGCAGUUGAAAUGCUUUCUAUGAAUAGUAGUAUUUUAGUACGAGAAAGGCUUUCUCCAAGUUCAUUUCCAGUGGAUAUUGAAACUCUGGCCCAUAACAGUAAUCAACAACAACUUCACCAUUUGGUUACCUUUGAGGUGUUUGUGGUAGUGUUGUGCUAUUUCCUCAAGUAUACGGAUCGCACACGUAAUAGAGUGAUAAGUGAAUAUUAUUUUUUCGAAAAUUGAUGUUCGAAAUUUUGCUAAGUACCAAAAUUAUUGAUUAGUUCUUUUUAUUUAGGUAACCAAUUUGAUUAAAAACUAGUGUAAAUGUAAAUUAAAACUAAUAUUAAAAUUAAAUUAAAAUAUUGGGAUAAAAAAUCAAGAGAAACAACACAUACAAAUAAUGAAAAUGACAAAUAUUAUGAUCUAAAAUUCUAGAAUGUUGAUUUCCCUCUUAUUCUUCCUAUAAUUGAACUUACUUUGGUUGAUUUUUAUUGGAUUUCUAUUUUUAAUUCUAAUCAAAGGGUUUCUAAUUACAUCUAAUUUCCUAUCCCUAAGAAAAUUAAAAUCUAUAGAUAAUUAGUAGAAAUUCAAGAAUCCCUUCCUUAAUUAACCUAAACUUUCCAACUCUAAUUAAAACAUGGGUUGUGUAAUCCUAGUGACAAAUCCAUUAAAUAACCAUUUCCCAAGAUGAAAUUUAUAGAUCUAUCAAAUACUCAAUUGAUUUCCAAUUUAAUUAAGCAUAUUCAAACAUUAAAUCCAAGGAAUACACAAGAAAAGAAUAUAAUUGCACAAUAAUAAUCAACCACCAUUCAAUUACAAUCCAAAUAAAAGUUCCAUCAACACCCUAGAUAGUAAAUCUAGCAAUCCAUGUACAAAAUAUCAACCAAAUCCAAAACAAAAUAUAUAUUCAUCAUUAAACC